AUUGAUAUUAACUGUGACCUGAUCCAUGUCUCGUUGCAGUGGAAGAAGUAAUAACUCCGAACGUCCAGUACUGCACGUUUUUUUUCGAGAUAGGGCCUAAGGAUGCGAUCUAUUGGGCUAUCCCCAUGGUGUGCUUUGAUAUCGUCCUAGUUAUUCUCGCGGCUGCCAGACUCGCAAAACACACCGAAGAGCGGAAGAAGAUGAAAGUGAGGCCUAAUGCAUCUAUAUCGAUGAUUGUUCGACUUCAUAUUAUGUGCUUCGUGCUGAACUUGCUGAGCCAAAUAUUUCUGGUGAUGAUGUGGGCUCAGAUCUCUGUCCAAGUGAUGAAUCUCGCAGAGCUCUUCAACUCUGUCGUGCCAUAUGUUGUCGCGCCGCGUUUCAUCAUCAGCAUCUGGGAUACGCAUGCCUAUGACAAGUGCGUAUAUGUCAGUAAGGCAUUCGAGGAUUGUGGCUGUUGGACUUCGCAGCGGAUGGCAUUCGAGGAGCAUGAAAUGUAUUCUGAGAUAGAAUCUGAGACGGGAGGUUCUUGCAUCGCAUGAUUUUGGCGUACUGCUUGCGGGCGAGUGGUGGCGGAAUCAACUUCGGACGAGCUCUAUGACGAGAUUUUAAUUGGGCAAGCGUAGGACUAAAAGUAUCGAACAAAGAAGAUACUACAGUAGUAGGUUUAGUACUAGUCAAGAUAUCAUUAUAUGAAUAUGUAGCGAAGCAUAUCGAGGGUACAGUGAUCAAUAAAAAUGCCAGUCCUCUUGAAACUUUGCAAGGUCUGAUUCUGGUG